AAUCAUUCCCAAUCGCUCGGACAAAGAUAAAACAGGUUCAACCUUUGGCCUCUAUUAACUUUUGUCCUGCUCAUCAUUUAUUCUCUUCUCAUCUUUUCUCUCUUAACACCGAACACAUUCAUAUACUCAAGUGCCAUACUCAUCUACAUCCCUAUAGGUAUCUAGACACCUAUUCUUAGACUAUAUCUAGCAUUGAUCGGCAAGAUGAUGGAGUAUUUCACCUCCAAAAAGGUGAAGAAACACCGAGAGGAUAAGGCUGAGAAGAAGCGAGUAGACGAGGAAAAGGGGAAGGGGAAGGAAAAAGUAAAGGAGAAAAGUGAAGAAAAGGGCAAAGGGAAAGAGAAUGCGAAGAAAACUGGUGCCGAAGCUGUCCCAUCCGCAUCUACCUCCUCCCCCGAAGUCGUCCUAGAAUCUGCGGAGAACACACCUAUCCUCGAUCAAGAUGACGAGAAGUUUCUUGAGCGCCUUACCUCUCGGUCAGAUAGCGCUGUCAGCAACGUCGGCAAUGGCGAUGAUGAGACACCACCGCCUUUGCCCCCGCGCAUCAAAACGCCGGUGAUCGAGUUUGACGAUAGUGACUCUUCUAGUACUGCCAGCAGAGAUGAUAGUAGCGGGAAAAAGCAAGAGUCUACCCAGAAGGAGGGUAAGGAAGAUGGCAAGGGAAAAGACAAAGACAAGCAAGGCGACGAAAAGGAUAGCCAGAACAAGCCAAAGCGCUUCACUUUUAUAACAAACUUAUCACGGAACAUGACCCUUAAGCGCAAGCCUGGAAAACACCAUGAUAAAGAAGAUAAAGAUGGCAAGCACCCGGACUCAUCAGAUACGCAACAUCUUGCCGUCCCACCAGCAGACUCCACCCCCUCCCCACACGAAACACAAAAGGAAGAAAUCGAUAUCGCCCGCGUCCUCGAAGACCUAAACCUAGCCUCGUCCACCGACAACAAAGUCUUCUCACUCUCGCGCGAGUCAGCCGAGACCCUGCGCCGGUUCACCCAAGUCCUCAAGGACCUCGUCAACGGUGUGCCGACGGCGUACGGGGACCUAGUAAACCUCAUCGAGGACCGCGACAACGUGCUAGCCCGCUCCUACGAAAAGCUGCCCAAGAGCCUGAAGAAGCUCGUCGCCCAGCUGCCCGACAAGCUGACCUCGAGCCUAGGCCCCGAGCUCCUGGCCGUGGCCGCAGAGGCCCAGGGGCUGAAAGUCGGCGAGGAGGCGGGCAAGGAGGGCGCUAAGAAGCUGCUGAGCGCGGGCAACCUCAUGGAGCUGGUCACGAAGCCAGGCGCCGUGGUCGGGCUGCUGAAGGGGAUCGUCAAUGCGCUCAAGGUGCGAUGGCCCGCGUUCGUUGGCACGAACGUGCUGUGGAGCGUCGCGGUCUUCUUGCUCCUCAGCGCGCUGUGGUAUUGCUAUAAGAGGGGGAAGGAAGUUAGACUCGAGAAGGAAGCUGCUGCUGCCGCUGAAGGGGAGGGAGGGAUCGUGGUCGAGGUGGAGGAAGCGGGAGAGGAUGAGGGAGAUGGGGAGGGGAAGAAGGAGACGAAGUUGUUGGAGGCUGCGGAUCCGAAUGCGAAGACGUUGCAGCCUGUGUCCGCGGCGCCGUCGUCGGCUGUGGAGAGUGGGAAGACGUGAGUGCGAGGUUUGUAGUGGUUGUUGGUGAUUGCCUUUAAGGGAAAAGCUCAGAAAAAUAGAAGAAGAGAAAGAAAAAAAAGAGGAAAGAAAAGGAGAGCGAACAAAGGGGCGAGGAGUAAGCGAUUCAGCUCUACUUACUUACUUACUUACUACCCGAGGAACUGCUUUUCCUUAUCUCUAAAGCUUACGAAGUUAUGGAAAGGAUGAAUGGAUGGAUGGGCAGCUAUCAUGGUUUUAGUUUGCGAUUCUGCUUCCACAUUUGACGCGAUAUAUCUAUUCGUACUUGGGUAUACAUGAGAAACGAGAAACGAGGGCUCGGGAAAGAGGUCAGGGGUAAGGGCCAGACAGAGGUAAUGAAUGGAUAGUGGGAUAGAGCAAUAGGUAGGGCGAUCGGGGAAUAGGACAGCAGGGGACAGAAGCGUAUAGAAUACACGAUGAUACCCCCGUGAAUGUUUUACGCAUAGGUACGCAGUUAGCUAGUUAGUAAGUGAGCCAAGUGAGUGAAAUAACAAGCGAGGUAGCAAGCAACGAGUUCCCUUUAACUGUCGACGUGAGCAGGUAGGUUGGUGGGUAGGCAUUAGGUGUUAGGUGCUAGGCGUGUAGGUAUAUAAUAGGCAUUUGGAUAAGGAUGAUGAUGAAAUGCAAUGUCUAGUAAUAACAUACCUACCUAGGUAGACGAAAGAAAAAAAA